AUGCGUGCGGUUGUGGAGGGGCGGCAGCAGUCCAACGGCUGCCCCAUUCCGGCCACCAUGUUCACAAUGGUGGUGGAAACAGACUGCAAGCUGCUUGUGGAGCUGUACAACCAGGGCUGGGAGAUUGCAGACCACACAGCAACCCACAAAUCGCUGAUGAACAUGACGCGCAAGUCGAUGCGGCAGGAGAUUGUGGGCGCGCGCGGCAAGCUGGCAGCCUGCGGCAUCCCGGCCCGCGACAUCGUCGGCUUCCGAGCCCCCUACCUGGACACCAACCGCUACGUGCGGGACACGCUGGCGGAGGGUGGCUUCCUGUACGACAGCACGAUGAUCGAGCUGGGGGGCAGCCCCACCGCCGCCACCUCGCUGUCAUAUGGCAUGGCCAAGCGCGUGUGGCCCUUCACAAUGGAUUACGGCCUGCCCAUGGGCAACUGCCGGGCCCUGUCGCCCAUGCAGUAUUGCCACCCCACCGAGCGGCACCCCGGCCUGUUCCAAGUGCCAGUGUGGGACCUGAGUGCUCUGGGGGGGCCUUACUCGAUGGAUUAUGGAGAUGAGAGCGGCAGCGGCGUGGCAGCCUCCACGCAGCCCACCUUCGACAUCCUCAAGGCCAAUUUCGAUGCCGCCUACAGCGGCAACCGCGCCCCCAUGCCCCUCUACAUCCACACACCCUGGCUGCUGGCGGGGGACCACACCUCUGGGCUGCAGCGGUUCAUAGACUACGUGCUGCGCCUCCCCGACGCGCACUUUGUCACGAUGCGCCAGCUGCUGGAUUGGAUGCAGCACCCCGCCGCCGCAGACCAGCUCACCCCAGAGGCGCUGGGGUGCGGCAACCCUGGCGGAGCGGGGCCUGCCAGGAAGGCAGACGACAGCGGUGGUGGGAAGCUUCCCGUUGUGAAGCCGCAGCCGCAGCCGGAGCCGCAGCAGCCCGCUGCGUCGCCGUCGCCGCCGCCGCCAAAGCGCAAGCCGCAACAGGCGCCCAAGCCCAAGCCCAAGCCGUCGCCGUCGCCGUCGCCGGAUGGGGCAGAGGCGCGCCCCGAGGCCGCCGCGGCAUCCCCCCCACCUGUGAGCCCCGCCAGUGCUCUGCCAGACCAGACCCGUGGGAUUGACGAGCAGGGCUUCAGAGCGCGGGCUGAGGGGCCGCUGCUGGAGGCGGUCACCCAACGUGUGCUGUCCCAGCCGCCCUUCACGUUUGUGCAAGAAAUGGCCAUGGUGCCUGCGGGCACCGCGCUGCGCUCGCUGCCUGCCGCCAGCCGGCGCGCGCUCCGCGCGGCGCAGGCGCAGCCGGCGGCAGCGGCAGCAGCGGGCCUGCGGCGGCGGCGGGCGCUGCAGCAGGAAGGCGAGGCCAGCAGCAGCGGCGGGGGCAGCGGCGGGGGCUUGAUCCCUCGCUGGCUGGAAGUGAUUAUCAUAGCUGGGGGCACCGACCCUAUCCAAAUGUAUUACACCAGCCAACAAGAGCUGACCGACAUCCGGCUCGCCUCGGUGCUGGCGGAGGCGGAUGCUGAGCUGGCGACUCCCGUGACGGUAGUGCCGUUCAAGAAUGGGGUGGACCUUGAGCUGCCCUCGGGUGCAGAGGCGCCGCCUAUGGCUGCACGGGACAUAGUCGUCACCGAUGGCAGCAGCGAGGGCGCCGGCGGCGGCAGCAGCAGCGACACAAGCAGCAGCGGCAGCGGUGGCAGCGGCGUGCCGGUUGGCAUCAUUGUGGGUGCCGUGGCGGGCGCCGCGGCCCUCGUGGCGGCGGCUGGCCUCACCUACUACUUUUUAGUGGCGCGGCCGAGGCGUGCCGCCGCCCGAGCGGAGCAGCUGGACCGGCUGGAGAAGGCGUCGCCUGGGGCCUCGUCUGCUGAGGACUCUGCCGCUGAGCGCGAGGCCAGGCACGAGCCUCAGCCUGGCGCCGAGGGCACGCCCACCCCACCGCUGCUGCUGCCUGCCUGCGUGGCGGAGAGCCGGCCGCCCAGCAGGACGGGCAGCAUGCAGCUGGCGCCGGUGCCGGAGGAGGGCUGCGACGGUGGCGGCCUGGAGGAGGGUAGCGAUGGCGCUGAGAAAGCAUCGUCUGACCGCUCCAUGCUCGACUCUGCCAGGGACCACGCCUACCGCUGA